CCCUCUAGCGUUUCGUCGUGCCGCUUUCUGAUAAGUUUUUCUGUUUCCUCGCGUCAUUUUAAGGUCGAGAGAGAGGAAGAAGAAGAAGUGUUAUAAGAUAGAUUUGAGAAGCCAUGGAUACGGAUGCUGAGUUCGAUAGGCUGGUUCUGUUCGAACAAAUUCGUAAAGCCGCUGAAGCAACCUACGUGAAAAACCCUUUAGAUGCCGAUAACUUGACGAGAUGGGGAGGAGCUUUACUGGAGGUAGCUCAGUUUCAUAACGUCUCAGAUUCAAAGCAAAUUAUUCAAGAUGCCAUAAGUAAGCUUGAAGAGGCGUUGUUGAUUGACCCAAAGAAACAUGAUGCGCUUUGGUGCAUGGGCAAUGCAUACACUUCAUUUGCGUUUCUCACUCCUGAAGAGACUGAAGCCAAAUAUAACUUUGACUUAGCUACUCACUUCUUUCAACAAGCUGUGGAUGAGCAACCGGAAAAUGAACUCUACCUAAAAUCACUUGAAAUGACGGCCAAGGCUCCGCUACUGCACACAGAGGUUCACAGACAGGGCUUAGGCUCACAACCAUUGGGUGGCGAUGGACCUUCAGCAGCGCCGAGCUCAAAGGUAGUGAAGGGUAAGAGAAGUAGUGAUGUGAAGUAUGAUGUGUUGGGAUGGGUGAUUCUAGCCAUUGGCGUUGUUGCUUGGGUCGGUUUCGCAAAAGCUAAUGCCCCUGUUACAACAGCUCCUCGAUAAGUUUAAUCCACUCAAAUAGGAGUUUUUGUUGGAUUUUUCAUUUCUAAGGUUCUUACAAAUCGUUUUUGAAGUUUUCACAAAGUUUGUGAAAUUCUUUGACACAUUUUUAGGAAUUUUCAAUGUUUAUCAUCUAUCAUUGUCAAUGGUUAAUUUCGA